GCGGGCGGCGGCGGCGGCGGCGGGGCACGUCACUUGGGCAGGGCGCGCGUUGCCCGGCGCCUGGCAGGGGCGGGAGUUGGACAGAGAGGCGCAGGCGAGAGGCCGCAGGGAGCCCGCUCCCCCUCCAGCUCUUCCACAGGAUGUUCCAGACGUUAUACAAUUACUUUUGGUGGGACCGGCUCUGGUUGCCAGUGAACCUGACAUGGUCAGACCUGGAAGACAAGGAUGGGCGGGUCUAUGCCAAGGCUUCGGACCUCUACAUCACCAUCCCCUUAGCCUUCCUCUUCCUCGUCGUCAGGCACCUCUUCGAAAUAUAUGUGGCAACCCCACUAGCCGGGCUUUUGAACGUCAAGGAGAAGAUCCGAUUAAAAGCCACCCCAAAUCCUGUGCUAGAAAAGUUCUACGCUUCCUCCUCAAAACACCCCAAACAGGGCGACAUCGAGAUGCUCUCCAAGAAGAGCGGCUGCAUGGUCCGGCAGGUGGAGCGCUGGUUCCGACGCAGGCGCAACCAGGACAGGCCCAGCUUGCUCAAGAAGUUCCGGGAGGCCAGUUGGCGAUUCACCUUUUACCUUAUUGCUUUCAUUGCUGGCAUGGCCGUCAUAGUGGAUAAGCCCUGGUUCUACGACUUGAAGGAGGUGUGGAAAGGGUACCCGAUCCAGACCACGCUGCCGUCGCAGUACUGGUACUACAUGAUCGAGCUGUCGUUCUACUGGUCCCUGCUCUUCAGCAUCGCCUCCGACGUGAAGCGCAAGGACUUCAAAGAGCAGAUCAUCCACCACGUGGCCACCAUCAUCCUGAUCAGCUUUUCCUGGUUUGCCAACUACAUCCGGGCGGGAACGCUGAUCAUGGCCCUGCAUGACUCUGCCGACUACCUGCUGGAGUCUGCCAAGAUGUUUAACUACGCCGGCUGGAAGAACACCUGCAACAACAUCUUCAUCGUGUUCGCUGCCAUCUUCAUCGUCACGCGCCUCAUCAUCCUGCCCUUCUGGAUCAUGCACUGCACCGUGGUCUAUCCUCUGGACCUGUACCCGCCCUUCUUCGGCUAUUACUUCUUCAACUUCAUGAUGGUGGUGCUGCAGUCGCUGCAUAUCUUCUGGGCGUAUCUCAUCAUCCGCAUGGCCCACAAGUUCAUAACUGGAAAGGUGGUGGAAGACGAAAGGAGUGAUCGCGAGGAGACCGACAACACGGAGGAGGAGGAAGUGACGAAGAACGGGCCCCUUUCCAACGGGCACCCCGUCCUGAACAACAACCACCGGAAAACCGAUUGAUUUUAGGCGCACGUGGAGGUGUCGCCAGCUCACCGCCCGGCCCCACCACCACGGGCAUCAGCUGAGAAGGCCAAAACGUCAAGAGAACUUCAGCUUCCACCCUGCCACCAACUGUAGUGCCAGGGUCUCCCUCCUGUCCCCUAUAAAUAGUUACUCUCCCUCUUCUCCUCAGAGCUGAUCUAGUGGAAAUAGCUGACCCAGCUGGGGGGAGGCUAAAGGAAUGGACCCUGGAGUGCCAGCACCAACCCUACACGUGUGCUUAGAAUACAUCAUUUGAGGUCAAUUUUCUUUCCUAUUGCUGCAGAUAGAAAUGUGCCAACUUUGUUGGGGGGGGAGAGGUGGUAGCGCCUCGUGCCACCGCCAUACAGCAGUGUCCUGUCUCUCUCUAUCCUCACCCAGCUGCCUUAAAACCAAACUGGGACGCGAGGAUUCCCUUCUCCGAGACUGUCUGGCCCCGUCCCCAAACUCUAGGUGCACAGUGGAAGGCACAGCCAGACUGCUACCGGAGGGAGAGAUGGCCAGUGGCUCUCUGUUUUUGUGUGUUACACACACACACAUCCACAGAGAAAGCUGGCGCCAGUUCCUUCCCCGUCUGUUUUGUUGGUGAGGUAUGGCUUCGUUGCCUCUCGAGUUGCUCUGUUCUCGACUCUCGUGUUUCUGGAAAGGAAUCCCCGAGCUGUGUUGCUGGUGGAAAUAACGCACAAAAGCAGAACUCUGAUGUCCUCCGAGGGCUUGGAUUCAAUCGCAAAGACUCACUCAUUCCCCUUUGGUGGUGGGUUUUUUGGAAAUGACUGCAAACCCUCUCCCCAAACUCCUUUCCAGCUGUAGAGGAAACAAGUGUUUCCUGUGCAGGGGGGAGUGGAGUUUAUUUUGCUUUCUUGGGUAAUAGCAAAGGCACGAAAUCAAAGCCUAGGAAGGCCAGAGACCAUCCUGUCAAUUUCAGCUCUGCAGUUCAGGCCCUCCUGGGCGCCUUGUGCUCCACUGCAGUGAAGGAGUUCAGGGACUAAGAUGGACGGGUCUCGUUCUGGCUUUGCUACUUGCCACCGUUAGUGAAUGGAGGUCAAAGCUUUGGCGGCUGGCUCCCCAGCAUGACCGAGAUGUGCCCAUUGCACCCAGAAAAGCAAAGGAAUACGAGGAGCAGAGUCCCUGACUUGCUCUGGGGAGCAGGAAGGAAGAGCAGCCAGAAGGAAUUUGUGCUGUUUACAGCUCACCACCACAGUAACAGACUUGUGGGAUCAGGUGACAUUUGUUAUACCACGGGGGAGGCUGAGUUAAGUAGAUGAACGUCUGGGUAUUAAUGGCUGAUUUAUUAGACAACACUAUUGAGCACUUGCUGGAAGGAAGCUGUGUGGUUUAGACACACUAUCUAGUAUCUGUUUCGAUGGGGAUUUAAUACACCCCAUUGUUUUGCUCUAUAAGAAUUGGUUCUGAUCACCUUUAAGAACGAUCUAUUCCACUUCCCUUCUAAUGUGCUUUUUCCCCCCUCCGCCCAGGCUAUGAAUGGACAAAUGAAUUUGCAACUGAUUCUUUUUCUAUUUAUUUUUUUUUUAAAGCUAGGACUAAGUACAAAAAGGAACUGGACCGCAGAGUCUUUCAUGUAAAAACAGAUUCGGUGGGGGCUGAAAUGCUGAAGGCAGUAAAACUUUCCAGGCUAGACAGAGGGGUUGGAGAAAAGGACCAUUAACCUAACUUCAGACCAAAAUGUUGUUUUUUAAAAGUUAAAAUUUAUUAAAAGUUAAAUAAACUAAAACUUCUGUAAAAA